GCUAUUGAAUGGAGAGGGGGGCACUGAUCGAUUAAGGCCAUGGACGGGGCUGCAUGCGGUCCCCUGCCCUGGGGGUAGGCAAGGCACCACGUUCCCAGGACGGGCAGGCUGCGCUAUGGAUGCCUGCUGCUGGCUGCAGUAUGAGUAGAGCCCGGCUGCAGCUGGCAUCCCUGUGGCUGCUUCUCAUGCUCAGUGUGCAGGCGAGGCUGGUGGUCACCGAGAGCAACCAGAGAGCUCUGAUCCGGGUCCAACCUUUGAAGAUGGACACCCCGAACUUCACCGUGGAAGGGAUGUUCGCUAAGGUGGCGGAUGUCAGCCCCGCCGAGGGCAGGCUUUUCCAGUUUCACCCGCUUUCUCUGUGCAAUGCCAGUGAUGAGGAUCCACCAAAAUUCGCAUUCGUCUCAAUUGUCAAACUGGAGAGCCCAGAGCGUUCUCCCCAGCCCUGUUUAUCUCUGGCAAACAAGGUCCGCCUUGCAGGGGAGAGAGGCUCUCGCGCUAUACUCUUUGAUAUUACUGAUGAUGAGGGAGCUGCAGACCAGCUUCACCAGCCAGCUGGAUUAAGUCAACCUGUGGUACUAUUACGGGCUCAUGAUGCCGAGCGGUUGAUGAACCUUGUGCACAACAACACAGAGGCUUGGGUGGUGAUUGAGGUUCUGGAGCAGCCCAAGUGGCUUGACCAUGACAUCUGGAUCCUGGUCACAGUGGUGGGCACGGUCUCAGUGAUUGUCUUAUGUUCUGCCAUCCGGUUGCGCUGCAAGCAGCCCCCAGCACAGGACUCUUUGCAGCAGCAGACUUCACUAGCCAUAAGCCGGCUUGGUACCAGAAAAUACCAGCCUCGAGGGUCAAGAGAUUGGCGUGCAAAUGGUGGCAGACUGGAAACUGCAAGCACCAGCAGUUCUGUGCCUGUGUGUGCUGUAUGUCUAGAGGAAUUCUCAGAUGGACAGGACUUGAGGAUAUUGCCCUGCUGUCAUGAGUAUCACCUGGAGUGUGUUGAUACCUGGUUGAGGCAGAAUCACACCUGCCCCCUGUGUAUGUUUAACAUCCUAGAAGUGAACACACCUUCACGCCCAGCUCAGUUGCGUCCUUCUGCGCAGCCACAGUUUUGGAGACAAUACCCAGGUGCUGCUCAUUUGCAGCAUUCUCUACAGCCCCACACUACAUCUUCGGUGUAUCCUCCAAUGAAUAAUAGAAUAUUUGUGUCCCGCACACCCUAUUUUCUUGGCUCUGUACAACCCUGGGAAUCAGCAGUGCCUCGUCCUCGUUGGGCAUCAGAGGGCCCCAGGGAAGUGUCACAUUCUCAGGUGUCCAGUGGAUAUUUACCAGAUGACCCAGGCAGUGACAGCAGCUCAGGUCCAUUUAAUGGGUCCUCCAGUGAGAACUGUACAGAUGUCAGUCUACGUUGCCUACAAGGGUCCUCCUCCUCUUCUUGCCACAGCUCUCAGAGCAACCCAGGGGAUUCUCCCCCUCCAGCACUUGCCUCUAUUCUUCUACCUCAGAAUGACCUACCAGGAUUCACCACUGUUGUGCCAACACAGAAUUCUUUUGCCAGUCAUGUUCAUUAUCACCAGCAUCGACAUCACCACUACAGACGUCAUCAUUCCAAUGUGUCCCACCCCCACAGAACCAAAAGAAGGCCUCGGCCUUCUAGAGGGGAGGCCAGGGCGGACUUGGGGGGACAGAGGGAGCACGGGACAUCUAAUAGCGGAGAGUCGAGAUCUCUUUUAACACGCAAAGAACCCAGAACUCUACCAUCUAGACAUUGCCUUGAAUCAAGGACUAAUAGAGAUGCCACCAGAUACAACCAGUCCUCACCACUGUCUGCUUCACAAACACAUGAGCCAAAUGAACCUGAAGCCUCAACUUCUUUAAGGAACCACAGGGCUGAACCUUUAAGUAGAACUCACCGGAAGAAACGAUCCUCUGCACCAGUGCAACCUCCUCUGUACAGUACCCGCCACUUCUGCACCAACCUUGGUGUUCAGCACUGUGAAAGAACUCAGCCCAUGUGGGCAGAGGGUGCCAGACUUGUCAAUGCUAGAUUAAACACACACAGAGAAAACACAGCAAUGAUGCACUUGUAUCACCCACCUCAUCAUGACCAGGGUGCCGAUGCUGAAGGGAUUGAAGCUGUUUGUGAACAUGCAGUGUAAAAUCCGGCAGUACAUCCAUGUCUGGCAUGACCCAACCGUACAGGCUGCAGUGGUGGGGGGGCGGGUGCAGAGUCCCCAGCACUUGCCAUCUAAUCCAAGCUUCCAGAUCCUCCUUGAGCCAUUUAGGUCAUUUUCCACCCUUUUCAUCUCCGCAGAGUCUGUGCAGCUGCUGACUUAGUCCACAACAUCUGUGCAUAAUUUUCCUGUGAUGUGACUGAGAGCUCCUUAAAUCUAUACAAUAUCAAAUCAGAGUGCCUGGAAAGCUCUCUUUCUAUAGCAGUGCCAUUCACGGGAUCAGUGACCUACAAGCACUACUCUGCAGCUCCUCUAAAGGAAAUCAUCAGACUUUAGAGUAUGUUAAAGGAAGACGUGACCACUAUUGGUCUGUGAAUGUAUGGCUAGUUGCAUAUAGCACAGCCUUGUUGAUCUUCUGAGCAUACCAUUCAUACUACUUGCCAAGACUGAAGCAUUCCGCACCUAACGGAAUUCCAAAAAAUGCAGCUGAACAGGCCAAUCACCAGUCAUUUUAUAUUGCCAGUCCAAUGUGUAUUGUGUGCUAAACAGUUCACUGGAAU